AUGGCCUCCUCCAAGAACGUUGUCUUUGAUAUUGUCGGGACGCUAGUCUCUUACGACCAUCUGUACAAUGCAAUUGAUCGCCGUCUCGGCGACAAGCUACGGGCCGAGGGCAUCAAGCCAUGGCUUCUGGGCUGUGCCUGGAUGGAAGCUGCUGAGCGCGAGUACACCAAUCUCAGCCUCUCGGGACGAUACCGCCCCUAUGCGGUAGUCUUUGAGGCGCUGUUCUAUCGCGUUCUCACCUUCGGGGGCAUUGAGAACCCUCGCUCAUUCGCGACGCCAGAGGACUUGGCGUACAUUAUGGAAGAGUACCAAUCACUCACCCUGCGACCCGGUGCGGCGGAGUGCGUGCAGAAGCUCCGCGAUGCCGGCUUCACCGUCUGGGCGUUUACGGCCGCAGAUAUCGGCCGCGUGAGUGGUUAUUUCCAGAAGGCCGGCGUGGAGCUUCCUGCCGAGAACCUCCUUUCGUGUGAUACGGCGGGAGUUGGGAAGCCCGACUUGGCUGCUUAUACGCCGGUGCUCGAGCGGUUGACCGCGGAGCAUGAGGGCAAGAUUCCUUGGUUUGCGGCGGCUCAUAUGUGGGAUGUUUCUUCUGCGCGCUGCGCCGGAUUCAAGGGGGCUUAUUGCACCGUGCUGGAGAAGGAGCCUUUAACGGAACUAUUCGGCGAUAUGGAUGUGAUUGAUGAUACUCUGCCGGGUAUGGCUGAUAAGAUUAUUGCUCAUCAAGCGUCGACUCAAUAA